CUUGCAUAGGUCCUAUUGGUUCUUUGAAUGAGGAAGUACGGGAAGGACGGCGUAUUACAAGUAGCUAGAUCAGUGUGGAAUAGUCUCACUUCAGGAGGUAACCCGUCCGGAGGAACCAUGGCACAGGCAGAUAUUGCGUUGAUUGGCCUGGCGGUCAUGGGUCAGAAUCUUAUUCUGAAUAUGAACGACCAUGGUUUUGUGGUAUGCGCAUUCAACAGAACGGUGUCCAAGGUGCACGACUUCCUCCAGAACGAGGCUAAGGGCACCAAGGUCAUUGGCGCAGAGUCCCUGGAGGACAUGGUGUCAAAGCUCAAGACCCCACGCCGCAUCGUCCUUCUGGUCAAGGCUGGCAAGGCUGUGGACGAUUUUAUUGACAAACUGGUUCCCCUUCUUGAGCCUGGCGAUAUCAUCAUCGAUGGGGGCAAUUCUGAAUACAGAGACACAACACGCCGGUGCCAGAGCCUCAAGGCGCAAAACCUGCUGUUUGUGGGCAGCGGAGUGAGUGGCGGAGAGGAGGGCGCUCGCUACGGCCCGUCGCUGAUGCCAGGCGGACACAUAGAGGCCUGGCCACACAUAAAGGACAUUUUCCAGAGCAUUGCUGCCAAAGUGGGAACAGGCGAGCCUUGUUGUGACUGGGUGGGAGAUGAGGGCGCAGGGCAUUUCGUCAAGAUGGUCCACAACGGCAUCGAGUACGGUGACAUGCAGCUCAUCUGUGAGGCCUACCACCUCAUGAAGGAUGUCGUGGGUAUGGACCAUGAUGCAAUGGCACAGACCUUUGAUGAGUGGAACAAGACAGAGCUGGACUCUUUCCUCAUCGAGAUCACGGCCAACAUCCUGAAGUACAAGGAUGCGGACGGCACCCACCUGCUGCCUAAGAUCCGCGACAGCGCCGGCCAGAAGGGCACGGGCAAGUGGACCGCCAUCUCCGCACUGGAGUACGGCACCCCCGUCACACUUAUCGGAGAGGCUGUCUUCGCCAGAUGUCUGUCGUCCCUGAAGGAGGAGCGUGUAGUGGCCAGCAAGAGCCUCUCAGGCCCCCCCGCCACCUCAUUCUGCGGGGACAAGAAGCAGUUCCUGGAGGACGUGAGGAAGGCCCUGUAUGCCUCCAAGAUCAUCUCGUACGCACAGGGCUUCAUGCUGCUGCGGCAGGCGGCUAAAGAGUUCGGCUGGUCCCUCAACUACGGAGCCAUCGCCCUGAUGUGGCGCGGGGGCUGCAUCAUCCGCAGUGUGUUCCUGGCUAAAAUCAAGGAGGCCUUCGACCGGGACUCAGAGCUGCAGAAUCUGCUUCUGGAUAACUUCUUCAGCAACGCAGUGCAGGAGUGCCAGGAGUCCUGGCGUCGUGUUGUGAGUACAGGCGUGACACAUGGCAUCCCCAUGCCCUGCUUCACCACAGCCCUGUCCUUCUACGACGGAUACAGACACGACAUGCUCCCUGCUAACCUCCUGCAGGCUCAGAGAGACUACUUUGGUGCCCACACCUAUGAGCUGCUGUCCAACCCCGGCACCUACAUCCACACCAACUGGACAGGCACCGGAGGCACCGUCUCCUCCUCCUCUUACAACGCCUAAACUGGACUCAACCACUUGGACCAGAAGAGAAAGGAGAGGAAGAAGGAAGGAAGGAAGGAAGGAAGGAGAAGAGUAUACCGGCUUCACUGAGGACCAGAGUGAUGGCGUCAGGAAUAUCACAUUCCUACUGCGAAGGAACAUACAACCUAAUGAGAAUUCCACAAACAGACAAACAAAAAAAACAACCAACCCAACCCUUCCCUUCCCUCUCCUUACCUGAUAAAAGUUUCUUAAGGUGUGUUUUACGUUAAUCCAGAGAUCUAUUUAUGACGAGAGUGAAAAGAAUCAUAGUUAUUGUACGCUUGUGUGCACUGUAAAACAUUCCCCCCCAAACUCCCCCUGAAACGUAGCAAGAUAUACAUACAUACAUACAUAGCUAGCUUUUGUAGACCCAUUUGUUACUGGGGGGAAAAAAGAAGAAAAAAAAACGGGUCAGGUGUGGGGGUGGGGGGUUGUGUGUCUGUAUGAGGGGCAUUUUUAAACGGACAUACACACACACUCACACACAUGCACACACUCACACAUUUUCGCAUCUGCUGAGUGGUCAUGUUGCUUGAAUCAUGUUUGCCCCUGAGUUCACCACGUUAACCCGGGAUUACGGUUAACCAUUGCACUGUACUAGUCUAAAUAAAGACUUAAAAUCCCCUUCUAA